GUUCACCUGAAUAACAUCUGCCUCUCGCUGUCCGAGCACAUGAUUCCAGUUGGCUUUAUUCGGGGCGUUGACAUCGAGGGUGACUGCUUCAUCCAUCAUUUCCUCUUUGGUGACACAGAAGCUGUAGAGAAAUCGACACAAAAUGCCCUCGCCAGGGCAAAAGCAGCUUCCAAGACCGAAAAUGGCGUCAACCAGAUUAGGUACAACCUCUCUGCAGCAGUUGUUGAAUGUCGCCUUAAACACGAGGACCUGCCAUUAUCUGAGAGUUUUGACGGUAGUUACUCCUCCACUCCUGACCGAGAGUCAGAUCUGAACGUUUGUGAUUUGCCCAGUCUCCGCCGGACAGGAUCCUACCAACUCGUAUUUGACAUUGAAGAUUCUGACGAGGAAAAUGAUGGUUUCCAGGACCGCUCCCGUGCUUCAUUACUAGCCGUCCCCGUUAAGUCUGGCCAGCCUUUCUUCCGAACCGCCAGCUGUUCAGAACUCCGCUUUGCCUCUGAAUAUCUGCAACCCCUGCGGACUGUCCCAGACGGCUUGUCUGGCAUCGCUUCCUCCGCUCUUCCUUCUCAGUCUAAUCAAAAGGGAGAGACGUCUAACUGCCCUCCGCUUUCUACUGUUCCAACAAUUUCCUUGAACUCCACACCCGUCCCUUCAUUGGACAGUGAGAGCGGAUUCAGCUGCACUACCAAUACCUCCUCCUAUUACUUAACAGAUCCACAAGCAGACACUCCAAGUACCGCUGAAGGUGUGGUCGUGAGGACCGCAAGACCUGCCAGCCUUUAUACACGUCUUCCAGUCCCCGAACGGGUGUCUAACUCCAAGGCCGCUGCCAUGCGCCGUCAUCAUACGCCUGUCCGCCCCAAUCCAACAACCAACGGCUCGAUUCCC